AUGGCAACCACACCAGCUCCGCUAAGCGCGGGCAAGAGCCUACGUGCAAACUGCUUCAAGGCGCUGAAGGAAGAACUCAAGACAAAAUCCGAGCUGCAGGGUCUGCGUAGCAAGAUCGAACAGUUGCAAGACCACGAGGAAUCUCUCAACGACAAGAUCACUGCCGAUGCGUGGAGAACGGCCGAUGCGCUCCUUGCCUUUGCCAAACAUGAUUGCCUCGAGCUUUGCAACAAAGUUUACAAGGCUUUUCCUAGAGAAGUUCGAGACAUCAUCUAUGGAUACAUCAUCGGCUGUGGAGAAGUCGACAUAUAUUCUGAGAACCAUCGCACACGGCACAGAUGUGGUUACCGCUCAUCGAAUUCGGAAACUCAGAAUCGCCUCUGUUCAUCAGGAAUGCACACCGACCACUGGUGGAAGAAUGAUUUCGUAGGUGCCAAGAUGGCCCGCGAGAUUGGUGAGCAUUACUAUCGAGAAUCUCACUUCCGUUUCGAAGUGGUAUUCUCCCAGCUCGUCAGAUUUCGCGCGACGGACCAAUUCAAUCACGGCUUCCUACCGGUGCACUUCGUCUCAAAGGUCGAGAUCGUUAUAGAUUGUCGCGAAUACAAGUUCCGGCCCAUUAUUUCCACCAAGGACGAUGCUUUUGUCGACGAAGAUCAAGACCAGCUAUGCUCAAAGCGCGAACGGUGUUGCUGGGACGAUAGGAAACCCCAAGAAGAUCUUUUCGUGGAGCUGGAGUACCUGUUUGGUUUUAGACCAGGCACUGGCAUUACCAUCAGGCUGAUGCGAUCCCAGCACCACAUUCAGACUACCCGUCUUGAAGACCAGGAAUGGGUGUGCCACCGUGCAGUACCUGUUAUCUUCCCGGUACUUCAGCGACUCAAAGACACCAACUGUCGCGCUCGUCUAAUUCUCGGUACGGAGACUGAUAGCGGGCCCGACGAAGACGGGUACAUGCCCUUCGCUUCAAAGUGGAACCCGACAUCUAUCGAGGCCGUCACGGCAGAAUUCUGGGAGUAUGUCGAGACUGAGCACGAACGUGCAGUGCAAGCUGGGCUGGAGGCCGAAUCUGACGGAGAUGACAUACCUUUAGACGGCUUUAUCGAUGGAGAGAACAGUAUUCAAUGGGACGUGGGGCCCAUCUGGGGAGAACAGACUGCGUGA